GUAACCGUCACUGCGCCCUGAGCGCAUGCGUCCCUCUCUUUACGUGAUGACGCAUGGCAAAACGUCUUGGACGGGGCGAAAAUGGCGGAGUAUCUGGCGUCCAUCUUCGGGACAGAAAAAGACAAGGUAAAUUGUUCCUUCUAUUUCAAAAUUGGAGCUUGCAGACAUGGGGACCGAUGCUCAAGAUUGCACAACAAACCAACCUUCAGCCAGACCAUCUUGAUCCAGAACAUCUACCGUAAUCCUCAGAACAGCGCUCAGACUGCCGACGCCUCUCGCUGUGCCGUGAGCGACGUGGAAAUGCAGGAACAUUACGACGAGUUCUUUGAGGAGGUGUUCACAGAGAUGGAGGAGAAGUAUGGAGAGGUGGAGGAGAUGAAUGUCUGUGAUAACCUAGGUGACCACCUCGUUGGUAAUGUCUAUGUGAAGUUUCGCCGUGAGGAGGAUGCAGAGAAAGCAGUCAUGGACCUGAACAACCGCUGGUUCAACGCCCAGCCCAUCCACGCAGAGCUGUCGCCGGUCACCGACUUCAGAGAAGCCUGCUGCCGCCAGUAUGAAAUGGGGGAAUGCACCCGAGGAGGCUUCUGCAACUUCAUGCACCUGAAACCCAUUUCACGGGAACUUCGUAGAGAGCUCUACGGCCGCCGCAGGAAAAAGCACCGCUCUCGUUCCCGCUCCCGAGAACGACGCUCCCGCUCUAAGGACCGACGGCGGGACCGCGAGAAGCGGAAGUCGAGGGACCGGGAGCGCUCCGGGAGGUUCUGAAAAGAAGUCGACACUGAUGCAUUGAUUCCCUCCUUCCUAACCCCAGCAGUGAUGAUGAUGUUGUUUUUCAUUUUUGUUGGUGAAU